UCAUGUGCGCCUUAGUCAUUCGUGCUCCACACUGACUUCAUCUAGGUGUGGUGUGUCUCUUCGGAUGAAACGAAAACGAAAAUGACAGAGCAUUUAAAUAGCAGCUUCCUGAACCGAGCAGUCAGAGCGUCUGAGCAGCUGGGGAGCUCAGACAGAGACUAUCGGCUCAGCAAUAGAUGCUGCAAUAAUAGCAAACAGGCCUGUUUCCUGUCCUUAAUGGUCCUGGAAAUAUUCGUAUCAAGUGGAUUUCAUUGUAGAAACCAAACAACCAGCCUAAAUUUCAACAACUGCCAAAUGCAAGACAAUGGAAAGAGUGACGUUACCAAAUUGGAGAAGAGAAGCUAAUAAUGCUAAUGAUACUGGCCAAAAUGAGAAUGCCGGUAGAGGCAGAUGGAGAAGACGAGGACGUGCACGGGGAGACAGGCCGCGAGAACAAGAGAUAGACGGAGGAGAAGGGAUGCGUGGGAGAGAUGGAGGAAGAGCAGAGUUAGGGAGAGGCGGAGGAAGAGGAGCAGGAAGAGGCGGCGGGGAGGGGACAGAUGGAGGAAGAGGUGGGGGGGUACAAGGGAGAGGAAGGGGAGGAAGAGGAGGAGGAGCAGCAGGAGCAGAAAUAGGGGAUGAAAGAGAUGCAGGAAGAGGUGGCAGACAGAGAGGAGGAGGGGGGAGAGGGAGAGGCGGAAAUGGAGGGCAAGGUGCAGACAGACAGAGAGGUGGAGUAGGAAGAAAUGGUCAACCAGGUGCUGAUGCAAGAGAAGGAGCGAGAGGAGGGUUGGCAGAAAUGGCUGUAAGGAGAGGAGUAUAUAGCGUGGAUAGAAGAGGAGGUAGAGGGGGCGAGAGAAGAGAUGGUUCGAGAGACAGACGAGAGGGGAAUGGGGGGAGGUCAAAUUCUACAGGCAGAGUAGGGGCACCACAGGGCCGUCGCCUGGGCUAUAAAACACUGGAGGAUCUCUCUGGAAAAGACCCGUCUGUGGUGGCCAUCAGCCUCUCAUCUAACCCUGCCCUAAUUGAAGUCCUGCGUGACAAAGCAAUGAGGAAGGACCUUAUCGAACUCCUUUGCCUGGUGUUGAGUAAAGCCUUCAAAUCACGGACAGACAGAGGCUCUCUGCAGCACCUGGCUGGCAUCAUAAAAGAUUCAGUCUUCUUCCAAACCAUCCUGCCCCACCAUGUGGUGGGCAUGGGGUCAGAGUUCAACCCUCUGCGCAGGACACAGUACCCUCAGCAACUGGAAAACAUCCUGGCUAUUCUGUCAAAGGUGCUGAACAUUUUCCCUGCUAGCUCCGUUCAGUCAGUGAGUUUGCUACUGACGCUGCUCCAAGCCUCCAUCAACAAGCUGAGAGCACUGGGAGUGAACAUCCAGCCUGAGAUGGAGGAGACUUUGGAGGAUCUCCAGGGCCUAGUCAAGCACCUAGAGGAGAGAUCCUGUGAGGGAACCCUGCGCUCAGACAGGGACACGUAUACCCUCCUACCCACUGGUGAUGAUAACCCAGGUGAAGAAGAGCAGCAAGAUUUCAGGACCAUACACAUCUAUCCAACUGUUGAGGAGUUCCAUCCAGACCACAGGCCCUUCCUUAGACCCAACCUCAUCUCUAAGCGCUACACAAACACCCACCUCUACCUUGACACGCACUUCCGACUGCUGAGGGAGGACUUUGUGCGGCCACUCCGUGAAGGGAUCCAGCAAUUGCUCCAGAACCAAAUGGAGAUUGGAAGGAAUGAUAACCCACUGAAGACGAAGCGCUUUGAUGAUAUCCGUGUAUAUUUUGAUACGCAACUGGUGGUUCCCAAGUGCACGCACACUGGCAUUGCCUACCUAGUCCAGUUUGACAUUAAGCCACUUAAGUUUGUGCGCUGGCAGAAUUCCAAGAGGCUGAUCUAUGGUUCCCUGGUCUGCCUGUCCUGUGACAAUUUUGAGAGCCUCCUGUUUGCCACAGUGUCAGAUCGGGACCCCAGAUACCUGGAGAAGGGACAGGUCCAGAUUACCUUUACUGAAGAAAGCAGAUACAAGCUGGCCAGACUUCAGAAAGACCAAUUGUUCCUGAUGGUAGAGUCCACAGCCUACUUUGAGGCCUAUCGGUAUGUCCUUGAGGGCCUACAGGACCAGGAGGAGGAUGACCUGCCCUUCCAGAGGUACAUCGUGGAGUGCAGCACAGAUGUCCGGGCCCCAGCUUAUCUGCAAAUAAAGGAUACGUAUAACCUGUCAUCUAUUGCUGACCGUGAGUAUAAGGGCAAAAUACAGCCCUUUCACAGCUUGGACGAAGAGUCCUGGCCAAGAAUGGAGGUGCUGGGGCUGGAUGAGUCUCAGAUGAGAGCCCUCCAACUGGCCCUCACCAAGGAGCUGGCCAUUAUACAGGGACCUCCUGGCACUGGAAAAACCUACGUUGGCCUUAAGAUUGCUCAGGCUCUGCUGACCAAUAAGAAUCUUUGGAAAGGUGCAACUGGCAAUGCUCCGAUACUGGUGGUGUGUUACACUAACCAUGCCCUGGAUCAGUUCCUUGAGGGUAUUCAUAAAUUUCUGAAGGACGGCAUAGUGAGAGUAGGAGGCCGCAGCAACAGUGAGAUCCUGAAGCGUUUCACUCUACGGGAGCUGACCCACUCGCAUAACUUCAGAAGUACGCUACCAGCUCACCUGCGUUCUGCAUAUAAUGCGAUUUACAAGCAGCUGUGUGAGGAGGAGAGGGAGCUCCAGAAUCAGAGUGUGAAGCUGGAGUGUUCUCUGAAAGGCGUCCUGCGUGAAAGCAUCUUACGGAGGUUCAUUUCAUACAGACACUGGGACAGUCUGAACUUGCCACCUAUGCAGGAUGGUUUUGAGAGCUGGAAUGAGAAGAGGUCCAGUUUGAUUAUGGAGUGGUUGGGUUUGGGUUCCACUGUCUUCCUGCAGAGGGAGACAGGCAAUGCAAAUAUAAAUGAAGACAUAGCAGCAGAGGAAGCAAUGGAGUUGGAAGAGGAGGACCUCAUUGAAAUAGCAGAGGAGGCCGAUCUGAUCCAGGCGGAGCGGAUUAUUGACGACAACAUUGGUCCCAGACGUGGUAGAGAUGGCAGAAAGACAGGAAACAUGGAGGAGGCUGUCAGAGAAGUGGAAGAGCUGAUGCUGGCUAUGAAUCUGGAUAAAGCUGAAAUACAGGCUGAGCAGAGCGAGGAAGGAUGGGAGAUGCAACGGGACCAGAAGAGAAAGAUAAAGAACAAAAUCAGAAGAGAGCUGGGGAAGACUUCAGCUAUGACCGAGAGAGAGGCAGAUAACGUGUUUGAUGUUUGGACUCUCAGUCAGCAAGACAGAUGGCGACUCUAUCGCUUAUGGGUGGCACAGUACAGGAUAGAGCUUCGCACCAGAGCUGUGGAGUCUGAACAGGCCUAUCAGAACGCAGUGGACAGACUGGCUGAUGUAAAACGACAGGAGAGCCUCUGUCUCCUGAAGAAAGCCAUGGUUAUUGGCAUGACAACGACAGGGGCGGCCAAGUACCGCGCAGCUCUGCAGGAAGUGCGUCCACGCCUGGUGAUUGUAGAAGAGGCCGCAGAGGUUCUCGAGGCCCACACCAUCACCACGCUGAGCGAAGCAUGCCAACACCUCAUCCUCAUCGGAGACCACCAGCAGUUGCACCCCAGUGCCACAGUAUAUGAGCUUGCUAAGAACUUCCACCUGGAGACGUCCAUGUUUGAAAGGCUGGUGAAGAUGGGACAUCCUUUUGUCAGGCUCAACUACCAGCAUCGUAUGAGGCCAGAAAUUGCCCGUCUUCUGACCCCACACAUCUACUCAGAGCUGGAAAACCAUCCCUCUGUGUUGGACUAUGAGAACAUCAAGGGUCUUAAUACCAACUUAUUCUUUGUGGAGCACAACCACCUAGAAGAAGAGAUCAAAGAUGGGAAAAGCCAUCAGAACCAACAUGAGGCCAAGUUUGUAGUCGCUCUCUGCCGCUACCUUCUCUUUCAGGAGUACAAACCAGAGCAAAUUACCAUCCUCACAACCUAUACCGGCCAGCUCCACUGUCUGCGCAGACUUAUGCCUGCCAACCAGUUCUCAGGGGUCAAAGUGCAUGUAGUAGACAAGUACCAGGGAGAAGAGAAUGACAUUGUCCUGUUGUCUCUGGUGCGCAGCAACAAGCAGGGUAAAGUUGGCUUUUUGAGCAUCCCCAAUCGCGUCUGUGUCGCCUUGUCUCGUGCCAAGAAAGGUCUCUACUGUAUUGGCAACAGUGCAAUACUGGGCCAAGUCAAACUGUGGAGCAACAUCUUCCACACUUUGAGAGAGAAUGACCAAGCUGGGAAGACUCUGACCCUUUGCUGUCAGAAUCAUCCAGAAAGACAGGUAACAGCGUCUUGUGCUGAAGACUUCAAACAAGCCCCUGAGGGGGGCUGCACUCAGCCUUGCCAGUUCCGUCUGAAUUGUGGUCAUGUCUGCUCAAGGGUCUGCCACCCAUACGACCCUGAGCACAAGGAGUACAAGUGUGACAAGAAGUGCCAGAGGAUUUUGUGUGAUCAGGGACACAGAUGCCCACUCUUGUGUCAUAGACAAUGCCCAAAGAAAUGUUCAGUGAAGGUUGAGAAGAUCAUACCCCAGUGUCAACACACACAGAAGGUUCCUUGCCACCAGGACCCGAAGACAUUUGUGUGCCAGGAACCCUGCCAGAAAAUGCUCCAGUGUGGACAUCAAUGUGAUUCAGUCUGUGGGGAACUUUGCACCAGUAAGUGCAAGGUGAAGAUCACCUUACAGCUAAAGUGCGGCCACAGCCAGCAAGAGGCUUGCUUUUACCAAACGCAAACAGAGAAGCCUCAGUGUAGGACACCAUGUAGGUAUCAGCUAAAAUGUGGCCAUGCCUGUCAUGGUAGCUGUGGCAAGUGUCAUCAGGGACGCUUCCAUUUCCGGUGUUUUCACAAGUGUGAGCGUCUCCUGAUUUGCUCUCACAUGUGCAGGGAGCCUUGCACUCGCGAUUGCCCCCCCUGUCGUAGACCAUGUGAGAAUUUCUGUGUCCACAGUAAGUGCAUGAAGCCAUGUGGGAAGCCUUGUGCUCCAUGCAUUGAGCCCUGCAUCUGGCAGUGCCUUCACCAAACAUGCAGUAAGCUUUGCCACGAACCAUGCGAUCGUCCACCGUGCACCCAACCCUGUGACAAGAUGCUGGAUUGCGGCCACCCAUGCAUAGGGCUGUGUGGAGACAUAUGUCCACGCAAAUGUCGCGUCUGUAAUCAUGAUGAGGUCACAGAGAUUUUCUUCGGAACUGAGGAUGACCCUGAGGCUCACUUUAUUGAGCUAGAAGACUGUCAACACAUUAUCGAAUACACAGCCAUGGACAAGUACAUGGAGAUAGAUGACGAUGAGCAGGCCAAUGAAGAGGAGGUGGCAAUAAAACUAAAGGAAUGUCCCAAGUGUCGAACUCCGAUCCGCAAGAAUCUACGCUACGGAUCUUACAUCAACCGCCGUCUUGCCGAGAUAGAGAUGGUAAAAAUGAAGAUAAAUGGAUUUGAGGCAGAUGUUGAAGAGCACAGGAAGGCCCUUCAAAAACAGUGGGUAGAAAACCUUGACAUCUGUGCAGUGCUUCAGCAAAAUGAAUAUAUGCACAUCAAUGAGAAACUGGGAGAGAGCUAUCUCACAGCAAAUGACCUGUGGGUCCUGGAAAACAAGAUGGAUUUCCUUGUAAGAGUUGCAAAGCUACUAAAGAUUGAAAAAGGAAACACGUCAGUCAUGCAAAGCUGCUGGUUUGAGAGCGAUGUUGCAGAGUUUGUUCACUGGCUCAGCAACCCCCAACAAAAAUUCACGGACCAGCAGGUCUAUGAUUUGCAGAGACAGCUACGGAGACUCACCUUACUCACUGAACUCAACAUCCGUUGUCAUAUGGCAGACAAGAGAGGACAAAGUGAUAAAAUUCAACCCGAGGUACAAACAAUAAGGGAAGUUUUGGAAAAUUCUGGCCAAUUCACUGAGCUGGAUGAAGAAAAAGUGAAAGAAACCAUGAAGCAGCUGAACAAAAAGCUUCCACUCACAGGCUUGGGGAUCUCUGAGGAGGAGAGAAAGAUGAUCAUCUCAGCUAUUAAAAUGCCUCCUGGACACUGGUACAAAUGUCCUAAUGGCCAUGUCUAUCUUAUAACAGAGUGUGGAGGGGCUAUGCAGAGGCGACAGUGCCCUGAUUGUAACGCUACCAUUGGUGGGAGCCAGCACAGACUGGAAAGUGGUAACCAAGUCGCCUCAGAGAUGGAUGGGGCACAGCAUCCUGCUUGGUCUGAAGCCAACAACAUUCUAAAUUUUGAUCAACUUCAACUCUGAAAACCAUCUCGGAGAAGAUUCAACCCCAACUGUUGGUUGCAAAACCUGUGAGAGGCAACAGGUCAUGGUUUGACUGUAAUAACCACAUUGAUUCAUAGUGGACAAAGAGAAAUUUACUGUACUGUGUGUAAAAGGGUGGUAAUGUUGCUGAGGCAGUCAAGUCAUUUGAGAGAUGGAUGGAUAAAGAACUUUGCUUGAGACCAUAAUCAUAAUCUUGCACGAAACUUACUUUUGAAAGUAUUAGCAAUACCCAGUGAUAAUUUACCGCUUUUCUUUCAUGAAUAUACGUCAAACUUGUGACUUUUAAGUUUUGUUGUUGUUUUGAUUUGCUGUUGUAGGCUUACUGGGUUGGAUUUUUGUUUUUCACUGUAACCCUUUGAUAUGUUUAAAACUACUUGUGUUAAGUAAUAGCUGUCCUUUACCUUAACAAUAGAUGGCAGUAAAACACUGGGGAAAAAAAACUGAGAAAUGAUUUGAUUUUUGUCAUGCUUGCAACUUGCUCAUAAUUACUCACAUUAAAAAUAUCUUUCCCUAUAAGAA